UUUGCUAUUGGACUAACAAACUGUUAUUUAAUUCUCCAUGCCAUAACUUGAGAUUGGGUUUGUCUGAUUAUUCUCUGGUGAGAUUUUACUUUACUGAAUCGAAAUCUUUAGAAUGCUUUUUGGUCUCUUUGACCUUUGCCUUAUGGUUUUGUUAGUGUUGGUACUUGCCUUGGAACUCAAUCAUUCCCUUCACUUGUCUGUCGGUUAUAUAUGAAUUUUGAUUAAUUUUGGGUUAUGACUUGAUCUAUUAUUCCUUCAGUGUGACUCUUGAUUAAUCGAAGAAUUUGAGCAUUUGAUUUGGGUAUUUGGUCGUUAUCGAUUCGGUGCUUAACACCAUGAACCUGGCUUUGCUGCUUUUGAUUCUUAAUCUCUUUGUUGGAGUGUUUUCAAAAGAGGCUUUGAAGCCUAAUGUUGUGAAUGUUGGAGCUAUUUUCUCAUUUAGCACUACUAAUGGGAGAGUUGCAAAGGUUGCAAUGAAGGCUGCCGAGAAUGAUAUAAACUCUGAUCCGAGCAUUCUUGGCGGAAAGAAAUUGUCGAUUACCCUCCAUGAUUCGAACUUCAGCUCGUUUCUCGGCAUUAUCGGAGCAUUGCAGUUUAUGGAGACUGAUACGGUAGCAAUAAUCGGUCCACAAAGUUCGGGGAUGGCACAUGUUCUAUCGCAUCUUGCGAAUGAACUCCAUGUUCCAUUAUUGUCAUUCACGGCCCUGGAUCCCGGUCUGUCGCCUCUCCAGUUCCCGUUCUUUGUUCAGACGGCGCCUAAUGACAAGUUCCAGAUGACUGCCAUUGCGGAGAUGAUUAGCUAUUUCCGCUGGGCUGAAGUGAUUGCUGUUUUCAAUGAUGAUGAUCAGAACCGAAAUGGUGUAAUUACAUUAGACGAUGAACUUGCUGGGAGACGUUGCAGGAUUUCUUAUAAAGCCGUACUUCCACCCGACCCGACAGCGACGAGUAGUGAUGUUCGGAGAGAAUUAACUAAGAUUCAGAUGAUGGAAUCUCGAGUUAUUGUGCUGCACACGUUCUCGGGAACCGGUCUCUUGGUCUUUGAAGUUGCCAAGAGCCUUGGAAUGAUGGGGAAAGGAUAUGUUUGGAUAGCUUCUACUUGGCUAUCCACUGUUUUAGACUCAACCUCCCCACUUAAACCCGAGACAGCAAAGUCGAUCCGAGGAGCACUUACACUUCGCCCUCAUACACCUGAUUCGAAAAAGAAAAGGGACUUUAUUUCACAUUGGAACCAACUGAGCAGAGGUUCUAUUGGGUUUAACCCCUAUGGUCUUUAUGCAUAUGAUACUGUCUGGAUGAUUGCUCGUGCAGUAAAGUUGUUACUUGAUCAGGGAGGCAACAUUUCGUUUUCAAAUUAUGCGCACUUAGCCGAUGCUGGUGGGAUGGAUCUGAAUCUUUCCGCAUUAAGUAUAUUUGAUGGCGGGAAGCAGUUGCUCAAGAACAUAAUAGAGACAAAUGUGACCGGUUUGACAGGCCCUGUUCGGUUCGAUCAAGAUAGAUCCCGGAUAAAUCCUUCGUAUGAUGUUAUUAAUGUGGUUAAAUCUGGGUAUAGACCAGUUGGAUUCUGGUCUAACCACUCUGGUCUUUCCAUCAUGCCACCUGAGACAUUUUACGGGAAAAAGCCUAAUCGUUCUAGUUUGAACCAACAUUUAGGUAGUGUGGUAUGGCCUGGAGGAGGAACAAGACCUCGUGGUUGGGUUUUUCCGAACAAUGGAAGACAAUUAAGAAUCGGAGUUCCGAAUCGAGUUAGUUUCCGAGACUUCGUCUCGAUAGUCAAUGGCACAGAUAAGGUGCAAGGGUAUUGCAUAGACGUAUUUCUUGCUGCAAUUAAAUUGAUGCCGUAUGCUGUUCCAUACAGGUUCAUUCCAUUCGGAGAUGGCCUUAAGAACCCUAGCUAUUACGAGCUUGUCAGUAAAAUCAAUUCGGGUGUCUUUGAUGGUGCAGUAGGUGAUAUUGCCAUUGUAACAGACCGUACAAGAAUAGUAGAUUUCACUCAGCCAUAUAUAGAAUCAGGGCUGGUGGUGGUAGCUCCGGUAAAACGGAUAAGUUUGAGCCCUUGGUCUUUCGCACGACCAUUUACUCCUUUCAUGUGGGCAGUCACAGCAGCAUUUUUCCUCAUUGUCGGAUCAGUUGUGUGGAUCCUUGAGCAUAGAAUAAACGACGAGUUCCGGGGGCCUCCUAGGCAGCAAAUUGUCACAAUUUUAACGUUUAGCUUCUCGACGAUGUUUUUCGCCCAUAGAGAAAAUACAGUGAGCACACUCGGACGCCUUGUACUGAUCAUAUGGCUUUUUGUAGUUCUGAUAAUCAAUUCAAGCUACACUGCAAGCCUGACAUCGAUCCUCACGGUGCAACAGUUAUCAUCACCUAUAAAGGGCAUUGAUUCUUUGAUUAGUAGCAGUGAACCAAUAGGCUUCCAAGUCGGGUCUUUCGCCCGAAGCUAUCUAAUCGAGGAACUGAAUAUUCCGAGAUCUAGACUUAUUGCACUAGGCUCACCUGAAGAAUAUGCAGAAGCCCUUGAGAAGAGAACUGUAGCUGCAAUAGUCGAUGAGCAACCGUAUGUCGAUCUCUUCCUCUCAGAGCACUGUGAAUUCUCAGUUAGAGGGCAGGAGUUCACCAAACGCAGUUGGGGAUUUGCAUUUCCUCGAGACUCUCCGUUAGCCAUUGACAUGUCUACUGCCAUUCUUGCUCUAUCCGAGAACGGUGAGCUUCAGAAGAUUCGUGACAGAUGGCUGUCAAGAAGUGCAUGUAGUUCUGAGGAGUCCAACGAUGAAUCGGAGGAGCUCGAUUUAAAAAGCUUCUGGGGACUAUUCCUUAUUUGCGGAAGUGCAUGUAUUCUCGCUCUCCUCGUGUAUUUUCUAUUGAUGUUUCACCAGUUCAGUCAGCAUUGCCCCGAGGAACCCGGUUCCACAAGUCGUGACAGAUCCAGAACCUAUUCUUCACGUCUUCGAACAUGUCUGUCAUUCAUUGAUAAAAAGGUUGAGAAAUCUCAAAGCAGCUCGAAAAGAAAGCGAGAGGGUACGCCCCCGAAAGGUUAUCAUAAAGAGAAUGUAUAAACAUAUAGAUGAGGGAGGAUAGAGGGUGUCAUCUUCCAAGAAAGGAAACUGUCGCGUUCCAGUACCAGUUCUAGAGAAUCGACUUCAGCUUUUGCAGGUAAAAGACUUUCCCCAAUAUUCCGUCGACUUGAAUCGGGGUAACAUAAACUUAGGUAUGAUUCUAAAGAAACAGUGCCCAAGUCAUGUUUUGUCAACUACUUUAACUGUAAUACUGCAUACAAUAUAGAACCAGUUAUGUCUCCUCUUCCUUUCUUAAUUUCAG